AGUUGGUAUGUCUUGCAUAAAACAAAUUUGAUAAUUUCCCAGAGAAAUAGAAUUCAAAUCAAGAAAAUUCUCAAACAUGCACAGAAACUUGUUUAGCCAACACUUAUUUUAUGCACAGUUGUGACCUCCAUAUUUGAAAGAGAAUAUAGAAGAAAAGGAGAAAUUGCAAAAGAUAAUUUACAAGCUUAGAUACUACCAGAAUUGAGAAGAAAGCUACCAGAAAAAUCCCAACAGGCAGGGACUCUUUUCUCCAUUUAAGAGAACAAAGUACCCACUGUUAUGAUGAAGUUCAGCAAGAUAACAGAUGUUUCUGCUUGUGGAGGAGUCCAAAACGAGGACAAAAAAAAUUGUUGCUAGAAUCCAUUAAAGAAUUCAAGAGUUACUUCUUUACCUAGAGAGUGGUGGAAAUGUGAAACUUGUGCCAUAUGAAAUGGUUGAGUACUGAAAAGUGAAAGAAGUAGAAGGAUGUUCUGAUGGGAUGAGAGGGAUUAAAAUAUUUGGAGAGAUGUGGGAGUAUGCACAUAGACCUUUUAGGCCUGUUUCUGUGUUAUAAUUUGUAAGUAAUUUUGGAACUGAGGCUAAGUUAUUGAAAGUAAAUCAAGGAAAAAGUUGUUCAUGUGGAUAGAACAUGAAUAGCUCUGGCCCAGAAAACCAUAGAUGUGAAGUCAAUUGAUGUGGUUAAAAGGAAUAAGGACUAUAGUAAGGGCGCACAGAAAGGUUAAUUCAGAUUAUAAAGAUGGAGCUGCCACUUCUAACAAGAGUGGAAUAAACUGUUCUGAUAGCCUAAGUGCCCUAUUGUGGUUCCAACGUAAUAGUCCCGAUUACUUUCGAAUAUCAUUUUUGUGUUUUGUAGGGAAUGGUUGUAUUUGCUCUGUCAUGAAAUGCUGAAUCCAUACUAUGGACUAUUUCAGUAUUCAACUGAUAACAUCUACACGCUACAGAUUAACCCAGAUUCUGCAGUUAACCCUGAGCAUUUGUCGUAUUUUCAUUUUGUGGGUCGGAUAAUGGGACUGGCCGUAUUCCAUGGACACUAUAUUAACGGGGGCUUCACAUUACCAUUUUAUAAGCAGCUCUUGGGUAAACCAAUCCAGUUAUCAGACUUGGAAACUGUGGACCCAGAAUUGCACAAGAGCCUGGUUUGGAUCCUUGAAAAUGACAUCACACCUGUACUUGAUCAUACAUUUUGUGUUGAGCACAAUUGUUUUGGCCGGAUUAUUCAACAAGAGCUGAAACCAAAUGGCAGAAAUGUACCUGUUACAGAGGAGAAUAAACGAGAAUAUGUAAGGCUUUACGUGAAUUGGCGGUUUAUGAGAGGAAUCGAGGCACAAUUCCUGGCUUUGCAGAAGGGAUUUAAUGAGCUUAUUCCACAACAUCUACUUAAACCUUUUGAUCAGAAGGAAAUUGAGCUGAUUAUUGGUGGGUUGGGAAAGAUUGACAUUAAGGACUGGAAGGCCAAUACACGUCUGAAGCACUGUACAUCUGACAGUAAUAUUGUAAAGUGGUUCUGGCAAACAGUAGAGAUGUUCGAUGAGGAAAGGAGAGCACGACUUCUUCAGUUUGUGACCGGAUCUUCCCGGGUACCUCUGCAGGGAUUCAAGGCACUACAAGGUUCUACAGGUGCUGCAGGCCCGAGACUUUUCACCAUUCAUCUGGUUGAUGCCAACACAGAGAACCUUCCCAAAGCACAUACGUGCUUUAACCGUAUAGACAUUCCUCCUUAUGAAUCCUACAAAAAGCUUUAUGAGAAAUUAUUGACAGCAGUUGAGGAAACUUGUGGCUUUGCAGUGGAGUGAAGUACGUGAAUAUUUGCUUUGAAGCUGUUGGGAACACUACAAAAAUGAAGUUCUACGAGCUUCUCGUUGAGCAGCGCACGUAUGCCUGGGAGAACUAACAAUUUACUCACAUGGUUACUAUAACUUAUAAGUAACAUAAUGAUGCUGAUCAACUCAGAAAUGGAAAAGUGGUAGGAUUUCUAAAAAGCAACCUUGGAAGUUCAUAAGUGAAAAAGAUACUGUAUCUGUAAGACAGAAAAUGGACCUGUUUCAUUGUAAUAUACAUUUUAAGUUGUGUGCUUGAAACUUUAUUUCAAAAAACUUUGCACAGUGAAAGAUGACAGAUCCUUGCACAUUUCACUUCCCUUAAUUCCUGUCUUUUUUUAUUCAACCCCACCUCAAAACAGUUGUCCAAUGGAAACUUUUCAUUCUUUCAGAACGUGAAACUGGCAUUUAGAAAUACUGGAUGUUAAAUGAGAAAUAGCUCUGUUUAUAGCUACAGUAUUCUUUUUUUUUUAAUCAAUUCUUUCAGUGCAGGCAGUAGUUAUAUUUGCAGUGUGAUUUAAUUAAAUCAGAUUAUUUUUAACCUAUAUUUUGUUAAAAGAAUUAUAUUCCUCCACAGUAUGCUGAGUAACUUUUUAAGAAUAUUUACAAAUAUAUAUAAACACAAAAAAAGCUUAGCUCUAAUAAAAGUGAACUUCUGAGUACUGAAAUCACUUUUGGCUCUAAAAUUCAAAUUGCAGUCACAUUAAAAUGUUUGUUCUAAGAACAUUGAACUAAGAAAUUCUGUGAAUCUGUGUAUUCCUGGAAUUCAUUUUAUAAUGUACAUAAAAUAGAAUAUCAGUUUUACAGAAUUUAACUUGUAAAAAAUGUCUGCAUACAUUGAAGCCUGAAAGUAUCUUUCAGUACUUGAAAGAUUAAUCCACAAAUGUUGUUUCCAUAGGAGUCCAGUGUUGAAGAAUUGGGGGGUGGGGGAGUGGCAGGGGAGGUGAAGAAAUAACAUGCACUGUUUAUAGUGAAUGGUGCUUUACCAAGUCCCUUUAUUUUAUAAAUGUGGCUUAUCUGUAAAUCUGUUUGUUUUUUUCACCUUUCAUGUUCUCUGCUAAGGUGGGAAUCUGCAAUGUUAAUCUUUGACAAAAUGCUCCAAUCUUAUAAACAAAAAUCAAACUUAAGUUAAGAAGUCUUUGUAUGUUGACAGUUGCAUCUUUUCUUAAUAACUUUCUGCAUCUUCUACAAAUUCUGUCGGUUUGGUCUUUUGUUAAAUUUGUACUUGCUUGAAAAAUUAUUUCAAGACAUCUUAAAUUAAUUAGAAAUAUUUUUAGAAACCUGAGUAAGUGAAGAGGAAAUCAUUGAAAUUGUAAUCAAAAUGUUGACUAAUUUAAACAGAGUACUGCAGCUUUAAACAGAAAUGAUUCCUGAGUUAGUGGGGACCAUUGUUUUUGAGUUUGCUAAGUUGUGUACCUUGUAUUUCAGACGAAAAUUGCGUGACCCCAAACUAAACCAACUUGAUGAGAUCUAAGGGAUAACUGGCUGUAGAAGUUAAUAGCUAUUCAUAUGUUCAGUAACUUUUAGGAAUGUGACGAAUGUUGUCUGUUUUAAGCCCAACACUACUCAGUUCUGGUUUUGAGAAAAAUCAUGUUGUCUCAUUAGUACCUUUCCUAUAUGUCUUUUGAUUGUUACUGAAAAUGACUGAUACUUGCUCUUAAGGUGUUUUCCAAAAUGUAUUUUAAAGAAGAGAUUGUUGUACGUUUUUUUAUAAUUCAGGAUAGGAUAUCCACAUUCACCAGAAGAAUGGCUUUAAAUUCAGAAAUAUGAUUGUGUUGAAUGAAUGUUGUGUAAAUUCAGAAAAGUCUUAUUACACUGGUUGAUGUUACACAAUGAAGGACAGACCACAUUUAAUCCCUUAAAAUUCAGAAGGCAUGAAAUUAAUUUCCUUGACGGAAACAAGGAUUGUAUCUUUUGCAUUAUUGAAGAUACCUGAAAUCUUAUCAUCUCAGGUAAUAAAAUUGUGAUAACUUCAUGUAUAGGAUUUUCAGUGUAUUUAAUAAUUCUUCAAAGGGGAUUUCAUUCCACAGAAAUUAUAAAACAGUUACAGUUUCACAGCAGUUCAUGCUCAAGCACAAGGUUUGAGUGCCAUCUAAUUUUGAAUACUUGUCAGACAUCAGAAGGUACUUCUCUGUUUUACUCUUUGUAUUUUAGUUCAAAUACAUUUAAAGUGCAUUUUCAAAAUAGCAGUGAGUAUGGACAGGUCUGUCAGUGUUGUUUUGGUAAUUGGAUUGUCAAUACUGUAAUGUUCUAAUACUUAAGCUUUUGAAAAACCUAUAUUGGGCUUCUUCGUGUUGUAAUCAAAGCUGGUCAACAGAAGGGUCUAAAGCAUGGCUUCUCAAAGUAUGGGCAGUGACAUCCAGUGGGAUUAUAGGUCAACAUUUUGAGGCCUUAAGAUCCUUGGCAGCAAUGCUGACUGCAAGCUCUGACCCAGUGCUAAUAGCUGCAAGCCCCUUUUAAACCCUCACUUUUUUUUCCCAUUGCAGCUGUGAUCAAAGUGGCUGAUUUUUGAGGCCUGAUUCCUGUUUAGAAAAACUUAGUGAGAAGCUAAGUGCUUUUCAGUUCAAAUCCCUGCAGUUUAAAUAGGCUCUCACAGGCCUCUAUCCUGCCUCCAUUCUCACAGCUGUCUCUAUACCUCCCCUGCACUCAUAGGCAUCGCUACCCUGCUCUCAUUCCCUGCCCACAUCCCUUCUCUAAAAUCUCACAGGCCUUGCCUACUUCCCCCGCCCCCCCAAAAACACACACACACACACACACACACACACAACCAUGGCACAGGCGCAGGAGGACAAUCUAGAAGCCUCAACAGGGGAAAACAUGCUUGGGAAGUACUACUCUAGAGCAAUUGCAAUUAGGCCAUUUAUUUGGAUAAGCAAUACUAGAAAAUAAAGCAUGUGAAUAUGAAUCCUUUGUUCUUUGUCUUACUGACAAACAAAUAUUUGUCUUACUGUAAUAUUUUAAUUCAGUAAACAGGCACCUGUUUGUAGCAUUGAUCACUUAACUGUCCAAGUUAAUUACUCAAUAUAUUUUAGUUUUUAGUGCAUCCCACAAUGCAGAUUUUUAAAAUUGGACAUAUUGAAUUGGCAAAUGUUUAUUUCAUUUCUCAUUUGUAUGAUGCUUCAAAACAAAAGAAGUAAGGGUGAUUUUUUGAUUUAAAAGAAACACUUUUGUCACAAAUCUGAGCCAUGAAUAAACAAUAUUCAGAGACACAUUUAAAUUGAUACCAACUUUGAGGAUAUUACCACAUAUUUAAAUGUGAACUCCAUCUUCUGAAAAUGUUUGUUGACAAUUGAUAUGAAGUUGACAUGACCUGUUUCAAAAGUUAUACUGCAAAGAACAAUCUGUUAUGUUUAACACACAUUCAUCCAUUUGGUUAAUGUUGCUUAGUGAUGCAACACUUCUUCAGAUACUGAUCUGUGACCCUCAAUGAUUAAGAAGCUGGGCUUUCUGCCUAAAGUUCAUUGGUAACUAUAAUGUGACGUGUUGUAUACAAAUGGAAUUAAAUGCUAUGUUUAUAAAUUGGGACAUUUGUACUAUAAAUAUACUAACUAGCAACACUACAGUUUUCACAUUUCAAGGCACAAAAAUUACCAUUUUUUAUGGCUGGACGUCUGCCUGUUUGGGAGAAGUUUUAUUGACAUACCCUGCAUAAAAUUGGGAAGUUAUGAAAUACCUCAACACUGUACAAAUACAGUUUUAAACCCUGUAGUACGAUAUGACUUAACUUUCUUUUUCUUCUCCCCCACUGCACCCAACGAACCAAGCUAAAGAUAACAUAAAAUGAGUUAGGAAACCCAUAUCAACGUUUCUGUUAUAAAUGUUUAAUGAAGACACUUUCAAGAAUGACGGUAUUCAAGAAUUGUAUUCUUGAAAUAGUUUUAAUCCCAUGGUAGAAAUGUAUAUUUUGCAUUAAGCUUUUAAGUUAUAAAUUCAGAUUGUAAUUCUGGAGCAUAAAAAUGCAUCCAAGAGUAGUGAUUCUUCAUUCGACAAAUAAAUGGCUUCCACAAAUAGCAAUUCAUUUACAGAGGACACAGCGAUGACAGAAGAUUUAAAGAUUUGACAUUAUAGCACUUUGAAGUUGAAACACUAAUAUCCAGAGCUCCUAAGUGAGUGAACAUAAAAUUUGGUGAAGUAUUUCAAAUUAACAGUCAGUUAAAUACAGAUUUCUGUUUUGUACUUAGAUUGGCAAUAAAGGAGAAACUUGUUUUGGACAUUUCAAAUAAAUGAAGUGAGUGGACUUCAGGAGAAGUAUUGGUAGUUGGGUGUGGAAUUAGCUAUUGCAUAACCACAUUAGAAGCAAAAGCGUUUUACUAAUAUAGAUUUUAUGAAGAAAAUCCAAUGUUACUACCCUGGAACAAGGGAAUGUAUGGAUUCCAUGCAAACUAAAGCUUAAUUUACCUUGGUUAUGGAAAACACUUUUUACAAGUCUGCAUCAUCUUCAUUUUGCUAUUUUGUUGGAGAAUAGGGGAUGUGAAGAACUUAGUUGCAAGUUGAUUUUUAGAUUUCACUUUUUCCCCUGAAUUAGAAUAUGACAAAUUCACAAACAAACAGUACUCUUCUAAAGCUUAUAAAUAAGACAAAAUAUUUUUUAAUGGGAAAACUUGGUAUUUUAUGCCACAUAAUAGAACAAUGCCAAUUAAGCAUAAAAGAACUUGCAUUUAUGUUGCAUCUUGUGCAACAUCAGGUCUCCCAAUGAACUAAAUAGGCAAUAAAAUACUUUAAGUAUUGUAGGAGAUGCAGCAGCCUGAUACCUCUGGGAAAUGCUAGAACUUUCAAAGUAAAGGCUGGGACAGAGAUUAAUUGUGAACCCAUUUACCACAAAUUAAUGGCCCACUAACCUUGAGCUUGUUAAUGGGCUGGGAUGGACCCAAAGUUUAAUUUUCAAUAAGCAAAAUGCCAAACCUGAGCAAUCUGGUUCACUUUAGUUCAGAGCUGUCAGGCUUAAUUAGAGACAUUUACAUAAUAUUUAUAGAGAUCAAAAUGUUUUACCACUGUGGGUUUUGUUUUGGUUUGGCUGUUUGGUCACUUCAGCCCACAGUGAGGUUGCCUACCCCCCAAAUGUUCUACACUGUUUCUUUUGUAAGGUAGCAGAACACCCCAUCAUGGCUGAUGUCUACAUAUGACACAUUGUACUCAGCAGGCAGCUUCUACUUCCUGGCAGGGCAUGAUGCCACAGAUUAUGUGCUGAGCUCACCCCCAGCCCAAUUAGGGUCUCUACAUGUGAAGAUUGUGUUGGUCAGAUGGUGCAGAUACAUUGCAGGGUCAGGACCUUGAAAUUAUCCAGACUUCAGGGUUCUUGCUCUGGAUUGAAAACAAACCAAUUGACUAAAAUGGAAGACGAUUUGAAGUCUUUGCUGUAGGGAAUUUAUGUUGAUUUGCUAAAACCCAGUUUGCACAAAAAUCAUUGUAUGAGUCCAAAUAAGUGUCACUACUGGUAUAGAAAACCAAGAGAGAAGACAAACGUCCUAAUAUUUGGCUGUGGUUACCAGAUAUUCUUGUAUUAUAAGAGAAAUAUCUCGGUGGACAGUGGCUCUUCAGUUGGGAGGCAGGCAACCUCACUGUGGGCUGAAGUGACCAAACAACCAAACCAAAAUAAAACCCACAGUGGUAAAACAUUUUGAUCAAAAUAAAUAUUAUGUAAAUGUCUCUGAAUUAAACCUGACAGCUCUGAACUAAAGUGAAUCAGAUUGUUCAGGUUGGCCUCUCAGAGCCAGGGAUCCGGGUUCGAUCCCAUCUUCAGGCAACUGUCUGUGUGGAGGUUGCACAUUCUCCCUGUGUCUGCAUGGGUUUCCUCUGGGUGCUCCGGUUUCCUCCCAAGUCCAAAGAUGUGCAGGUUCGGUGGAUUGGCCAUGCUAAAUUGCCCAAUGUCCAGGGGUUUGCAGGCUAGAUGGGUUAGCCAAGGCGGAGAUAGGGUAGGCGGGUGGGUUUGGUAAGGAUGCUUUGAGGGUUAGUGUGAACUCUCUGGAUUGAAUGGCCUGCUUCCACUCUGUAGGGAUUCUGUGAAAUGCCUUUCUAGUUGAACUCGAGUUUUGAUUUUGUUUAAAUACCUGUACUUUCUUUGAAAUAGAUCUUCACUGCGCUCAAGCCACUACUGAUAGUAAAAAAAUCAGUCACACGGUAUGGGCGUGUUAUUAAGCUUUCUAGAAAUUAUGCAAUAAAAGGUCUUGCUUGGCAAUGUAUGUUGGGAUGUACUUUCAGAUAUUGUAAAACUCAAAAUCAUGUUCUGUCCCCUUUUUUAUGAUAUAGUAUGAUGAUGUCUGGGUUUUAAAUUUAAAAUUCUUCUGGCCCAUGUUCCAGAGCUUUGAAGAAGAACAGAGGUAUUUUUCUUCUGAAUAAUUUGCAUAGUAAUGUAUUUCCAACUGAAACAUUACAGUACAACUACAUUGAAAAAUUAUGUCAUAGAGACUGACUAGCUGAUUUGUUAUUAUUGUAUUUUUGCUUUUACUUUCAAUCUGUGCUUUUCUGAGAUUAAGGGUAUAAAUUGGUAGAGACUAGUCACCAGGGAUGUGGAUUGUAUGGCCUGAGGUGAAUAAUCUGCACUUCCUCCUCCAUUCAGUACGAUGCACAAGAUAUAAUGUUUCUUUCCACAAGGGAACUUAAUCUUAGACAUGAAAUAAGAAAUAUUGAAAUGGUUGGAGUUUCAAUGGCAAGCCGUCCGUGAUACUUCCAAGCAGUCUUUUUGAAUGUAGUCAUUCACUUCUUCCGUAGACGUGUUAGUGAUCCCGUGGUUGUUUAAUUAACAUGUCAAUAUUAUUUGCGAAAGGGGAAUACGGAAAGUAAAACCGAGAACCUAUCUGUCUCUGACCUGGUGCAUCGGCUCCUAAAUUAAUCCAGUGCUUUAUGAGAAGCUUAAAAUGUAAUGUAAUUUGGACUGUGACAAUGGCCUUUAACCCCUCAUCCCCUUUGCUUCUUCUUUUUCCCAACUUGAAAUGAGUAAACUAUUACCUCUGAACACUAAUGGGAAUUGUCAUAAAGCAUUUCUUUUAGUAGUUGAAUUUUGCCGUGUACAAUGGACCACCUCUUAUCCGAUAGAAAUAUAUUCUCAUCACACACUUUCGUCUCUUUAGUUAGAAAUGAUAUUUGAUAGAAAUGACCACACACUGCUUAAAAAAAGCAGUGACACCUUUAUUAUAUCCCGUUUAUGAGAAGAAAAGACAAAAUUAAUAGAAAUUAGUCUUUUAAAUUUGGUUUUAGAUUAACAGCUGAUCCCUAAAACGUUCUCAACGAUACUGCCACUGGUGUGUUGUAAAAUUUCCCCAGAUGAUGUGUUGUGAAACUUAUGCUGUACUAUUAUUAGUGUAGAAUUUAAUGUAUGGUGAACUUGUAAGAAUGGAGCAAGACUCGUAUGUUGUCGCCUUGUAUUUGAAAUACAAGUCUUGCUUUUUAUCUUCUUAUAAGUAGUAUGGUUUGGCUAUACUGAUGGUGGAAUAAAGAAGAAAUGAUGGAAAAACUUGAACUCAGAUUUCAAUGAAUAGAUUGCCACAUUGGGAAAUUAGAUCUUUCAAUAUCAAUGAUCCAAAAAUAGAGGUGGUGUUGACAGUUCUGUUGACAGUCAUUUCUUAACCCUCAGUUACCAAGUUCUCCAGCUACCCAAUGUCCAUUGGCUCAGACAAGGAUUUAUCAAAUAGGUCACAAAUAUACUGAUAGAUUAAUUUCCGGACACUGGCAGCUAGGGUGAUGUGAUGUAAGUAGUUACCAGUGAAAGCCCAUUGAUGAUAACUUUGUCUUGAAGCUAUUUUAAUCCUUUGGUUAUGCAUUGUAAAACACUAGCAUUGCACAACUAAUCUCACUAAUUAAACUAGGGAUAUGAGCAUUGACUGUAAAAUUCAGCGAAUUUUUAUUAAACAUGUUUGGUUAAAAAAAACUGUAUUGCCACAUCAAAAAAGUUAUCACAGAAUUUUCUACAUUUGUCUCCUGAAUUUCUACAAUGAUAGGAAUGAUAUUAUAAUAAUCAUAGUCUCAUUAAUUUUGGAAGCUGUCAUACUAGCCAGCUUUAUUUCACUAUUCAUUCUUUUAUUGCAAUUUGAAAAAUGUAUAUGCGAUUUCUUAAAUUACUUGCAGUUCCUUGAACCCUCCAACUUUUGCUACAAUACGCUUGUACCUUUGUCAUCUAAUAAAUACUUGUAGAACUUUACCUGCAAGAGUUAGAGGUUCUACUUUGACUUUUGCAGGGCUGGGGGGAUUGAAAUCAGAUUUUGUAAUAAGGUAUGAAAAUAGCACUCCUUAAGAUGAUGAUGCCCUGGUGGUCUCAUGGUUCAAAGUUGCUUUCUUUGCUCCAAUCUUGAAAAACACCAGGCUUCUACACAAGAGAUCUGUCCCUUUUUAUGUUUUGUUUCUCUGAAAUAAACCUUUUGCAAGUUAAAUUGUUUUGACAUAUUUAUUAACAAGUAACUAAUCGGAGAAAAAUUAUUGCUGUUUUACCUUUUUUUCAUUGUUGCUGCUAAAGUCUUACCAUCUUAGUACCAGUUUUGUUCUGAACAAUGUGCAAAAUCUUUGUUUUAACUGUGAAUUGAAGUAUUUUUAAUUGUUGAUGGUAUUGAAUAAGGUAUGGAUUUAAUUUGAUGGCUGACAAUUGAGAAGAUGUUGAACUCGAGACCACACUUUGUUUUUGUUACAUGCAAUAAAGUUCAAACUUUAAACAUC